ACAUCACAUAUAUAUAUAUUUGUAUUAUUUCAAUCGCUGUGUUCUUGUGUCUCCUCUCCUUCAAAAAAAAAUAAAAUGGCGAUACAACUUACAGGAUUGCAAACAAGUCACGGAAGAGUCACGGUUCUUGUUUGAUUUAAGAUAUUACAAAUUAGUAUUAAUCGGUCUUAAAUACAAGGUGGAAGGCUAUAAUCUUUGAUAUUUAUACAUCAUAAUUCAGAAUUGUGCUUCCUCAGUGAUCAACGAUUUACUCCUGAGACUCCUAAGCCUUGAGGGUUGCGUAGGAAUGGUAACAAUGUAGAGUAAGGUGGAUGAAUCAUCUCAGCCCUGAUUUGAAAGGGGAAAUUUUACUACUGACGAAGAUCAGAUAAUUAUCCGUCAUCAAGCUCUUAAUGGCAACCGCUUCUGAAGAGGAAGCAGCUAAGGCAUAUGAUUUGGCUGUAAUUGGGAAAGAUGCUUUGACAAACUUUGAUAUAAAGAAAACUAAAAUACCAUCCCAUGGACCAAAUUGGCAUCUUGGAAGAUCAGGAAUAUCCAAAAAAAUAAAGAAAUAUGACCAGCUUAAUUUGGAGAAUGGUCAGAGUAUUGCUGAUCAUACUGAUUUGAAAAAGGCUAUAAGGGAUGAAGUUCUUGCUGAGAUGGAGGAGAUGAUCGAGAAAAAAGUUCAUGAUAAGGUGACAAAGAUAUUUUGCAAACUGGGAGAGGUAGAUCCUUAUUUCAACGACAUCGAUCUUGAAGCGGUGUUGCGUACUUCUGAUGAUGAACUUGAACAUGGUGAUGAAUAAAGAUUUUUAGUAGUCACUUUUUAUGUUUACAUCAUCUUCUCUGUGCUUUUGGAUUGAUUUUUGUAAGGAUGAUUUAUAAGUUGGUACCUUUGUCCAGUUUCUAUGUAUCUUUUCAACUUCAUUACUGAGUUUGUAAUUUGAAUUCUAUUUUGGUCAAUUUUCAAGUUAUGAAAAUUUCAGAGUAUUGCAUUUA